AACCACAUAUCUUCUCUCUCGAUCUCAUUAUAUCUCCUAACUCUCCAUAGAAGCUCUUAAUCUCCUUCACAUCUGAUUAAGGUGAAUAAGAGCUCAAGGCAAUGGCUGAACAACAACUAGGAGUGCUAAAGGCACUCGACGUUGCAAAGACACAACUAUACCAUUUCACGGCGAUCGUCAUCGCCGGUAUGGGUUUCUUUACAGACGCAUACGAUCUCUUCUGCGUCUCCUUGGUGACCAAGCUCCUUGGCCGCCUCUACUACUUCAAUCCAUUGUCAGACAAGCCUGGCUCACUUCCUCCUCAUGUUGCGGCCGCCGUCAACGGUGUGGCUCUCUGCGGGACCCUUAUGGGCCAGCUCUUCUUCGGAUGGCUCGGUGACAAGCUCGGACGAAAGAAAGUUUACGGUAUCACUUUGAUCAUGAUGAUCGUGUGCUCUGUAGCUUCCGGUCUAUCCUUCGGUAACAAAGCCAAGGGUGUCAUGACCACUCUUUGCUUCUUCAGAUUUUGGUUGGGAUUUGGUAUUGGAGGUGACUACCCUCUUUCUGCCACCAUCAUGUCUGAAUAUGCUAACAAGAAGACCCGUGGUGCUUUCAUCGCUGCCGUGUUCGCCAUGCAAGGUAUCGGUAUCUUGGCCGGAGGUUUUGUGGCACUUGCUGUCUCUUCCAUAUUCGACAAGCAGUUCCCAUCUCCGACAUAUGCGGAAGACAGGGUUCUCUCAACACCUCCUCAAGCUGAUUACAUUUGGAGAAUCAUCGUCAUGUUUGGUGCCUUACCCGCAGGCUUGACCUACUACUGGCGUAUGAAGAUGCCAGAAACCGCUAGGUACACCGCUUUGGUGGCCAAGAACAUCAAACAAGCCACACAAGACAUGUCCAAGGUCUUACAAGUUGAGCUUGAAAUGGAGGAAAGAGCUGAGGAUAUUGUUAAAGACCCUAGAUUAAACUAUGGCUUGUUCUCCAAGGAAUUCCUUAAGCGUCAUGGUCUUCCCCUUCUCGGAUGUACCUCCACUUGGUUCUUGCUUGACAUUGCCUUCUACAGCCAAAACUUGUUCCAAAAGGAUAUCUUCUCGGCUAUCGGAUGGAUCCCAAAAGCAUCAACCAUGAACGCCAUCCAUGAGGUUUUCAAGAUUGCUAGGGCUCAGACUCUCAUCGCCCUCUGCAGUACUGUUCCUGGUUACUGGUUCACCGUCGCGUUUAUUGAUAUCAUGGGAAGAUUUGCCAUCCAGCUAAUGGGCUUCUUCAUGAUGACUGUCUUCAUGUUUGCCAUUGCCUUCCCUUACAAUCAUUGGAUCAAACCAGACAACCGUAUCGGAUUCGUGGUUAUGUACUCUCUCACUUUCUUCUUUGCCAAUUUCGGACCAAAUGCAACCACUUUCAUUGUCCCCGCUGAGAUCUUCCCGGCUAGGUUAAGGUCCACAUGCCACGGAAUAUCAGCCGCAACAGGUAAGGCUGGAGCAAUCGUUGGAGCCUUUGGGUUCCUUUACGCGGCUCAGCCACAGGACAAGACCAAGACGGACGCGGGAUACCCACCGGGCAUUGGAGUCAAGAACUCAUUGAUCAUGCUUGGUGUCAUUAACUUCAUCGGUAUGCUCUUCACCUUCCUUGUUCCUGAGCCCAAGGGCAAGUCCCUAGAAGAACUCUCUGGUGAGACUGAGGCUGAGAAAUGAUCACGAUGUAACUAGUCAAUGAUUUCUGACGAUUAUCCUACUAUAUUUCUGUUUUGUUAAUUUUAUUAUUUGGAGUGCGAUGUUUUGUUUUGUUUUCUUUUCAUUGUUUGCUGACGUUGAAGUUAUGUUGUUAUAAUUAA